CUAGUUACACUGUAUUCAGACAGAAUCCCAAUCUCACAAAACGACAAAGAGUAAAGAAAAAGGCCACAGGAAAGAAACGUUAAAAAAUGCAAGGCCAAACUUGAUUCACAUUCCUUCUUUCUUCACUUGUCUGUCUCACUCCUCUUCAAUGGCACAGACCAACGAGCAAGAAUUAUAGGAGAACCAGAGCAAGGACAUGGAAGAGGGCUUAGCUUUAGUUGUGGAGAGGAAAGGAAAGAAAAGGAAAAGAAAGAAGAUGAGAGAAGAUCGAGGUCGUCCCUUUUGUCAAGACCCUUUGGAUGUGCUUGGUAGGGACUUGAUGUUGAGGGUUUUGAACAACCUUGACGCACGCAGCUUGGCACUAUGUCUCGUCGUUUCUCGUACCUGGAACCGUGUUGCUUCUAGUGAUCUUCUUUGGACCUCCAAGUGUGAGGAAUUGUGGUGUGGGAAGGCACACAUACCGCGCUUGUCUCUUGUCCGGGGAAUUUCUAAGUUGGAUGCUUAUUCACUAUCUGUUAUGGAUGGCAAACGCAAUCGUAUCAUGAGGGAUGAUCUAUGUGAUCACGUUUGGGAGUUUCACUUCACCAAGGCAGCUCCAGAAUACUGGCGCAAUCUUGAUCCCUACUGGAAAGGCAAUGGCCCUCCCAUGCAUCGGUACUUUCAUCCAGAUGGAAGCCAAACUGCAGAUCCUGGUGAUGAGGUCUGGGGUGGUCAUGAAAGCUGCUAUUCCGUUGUGACUAGUAUUAUUGGCGAAGGAAAGAUCAGGGAGCACUAUGUUCGGAUAAACCGGUGGCGUCCUCUUGCUGUGUCCAGGAAACAGGACUGGAGCUGGGAAAUGACCAACAACCUUUUCUGUUACUCAAGUAUUCCAGAUGCCUACAAGGAAGGUGGAACGGGACCACUCUUUUUGGUUAUGUAAAUAUGUCUCCUCGUUAACAUGUAUAAUUGUUGUUUUAAGUUUCCUCUAUCCAGCACGCUGUUUAAAACAGUAGCUGAAAUGUCAACUUUUGUGUACAGAUAUAUGUGAAUAAUACAGUAUACCUAGUCAUGCUUUAAGGCAUAUGAUUUGUACCGUGUACAGAAUAUACUCUUAGGUAUCGAUAUGAAUAAGAUGAACUUUCUUUUGAUA